AUGGAGUCCAUAAAGGAACAUAGUGGUUGGGUUAUUAAACAUGUUAGGGGCACUAUACAGAAUGGACCUAGCAUCCAAACUAUUGAGGUGUCCAAAAACAGUGAAGCAUCUUGUGAAGUCAGGAAAAAAACCUUUUGGAUUUGAUUAAAACAUUGGGCAAAGAUGUUGUAGUGCAAUCUAGGAAAUUUCUAUUUGUAAUUAACAAGGACUUGGUACCUUUAUUUCAUCAUUUGCAUGAAUCUCUGGAAAAGAUUGUUAAAGCCAGCUUAGAGGAAGAUGCCAAUAAAGACAUUUUAAAACAUGGUCUGGAAAUUUUGAGCACAGAUAAAACAUUGAGAGGGGCAUGGUGUAAUAUUAAUGGAAAUAGUGAAGAUCAGCAGAUUAAAGCUGUGUCCUGUGUCCUCGUGUUGCAAAGAAUUGCAGUAAUGUUUUUGAAGUCAAAACAGCAGAUAAUUAGAGAGCAACUUCAGUUGAAGCCAAAAAAGCAAAGCUCUUCCUUGCAGCAAUCCUUAAAAAGUAUCAAAUAA